AUGGCGUCGCUCACCAACAAGACAGUGCUGGACCGAUUCCUGAGGCUGGGCAUCCCUGACGCGAAGUGCCAGGCGAUGUACGUGUGGAUAGACGGCACGGGAGAGAACGUGCGGUGUAAGACGAGGACGCUGGACUUCGUGCCCAAAGCUCCUUGUGAGCUCCCGAUCUGGAACUUCGACGGGUCGUCCACGGGCCAGGCCGAGGGCAGCAACAGCGACGUGUACCUGCACCCAGUGGCGCUCUACCGGGACCCCUUCAGACUGGGCAACAACAAGCUGGUGCUCUGCGAGACCUACAAGCACAACAAGAAGCCAACGGAGUCUAACCAGCGAUGGAAAUGCCUGGAAGUCAUGCAGAAGGCGAAGGAUCAGCACCCUUGGUUCGGCAUUGAACAGGAGUACACUCUUCUCGACUUCGACCUGCACCCCCUGGGCUGGCCCAAGAAUGGCUACCCUGGGCCCCAGGGGCCUUACCACUGCGCUGUCGGGGCCAACAAGGUCUACGGACGCGACGUGGUGGAGGCCCAUUAUAGGGCCUGCCUGUACACGGGUAUCAAUAUCUUCGGCACAAAUGCUGAGACGAUGCCCGCCCAGUGGGAGUUCCAGGUGGGGCCGUGCGAGGGCAUCACGAUGGGCGACGACCUCUGGAUGGCGCGCUAUCUCCUGCACAGAGUCGCCGAGGACUUUGGGGUGACGGUCAGCCUGGACCCAAAGCCCGUGACCGGUGACUGGAACGGCGCCGGCAUGCACACCAACUUCUCCACGGAGGCCAUGCGAGCACCAAACGGCAUCACGGCCAUUGAGACGGCCAUCGAGAAGCUCGGCAAGGUCCACGAGAAGCACAUCAAGGCCUACGACCCCCACGGAGGCAAGGACAACGAGCGCCGCCUCACAGGGCGACACGAGACGUCCUACAUCCACGACUUCUCCGCCGGCGUGGCCAACAGGGGCACCUCCAUCCGCAUCCCCAGGGGCGUGGCGGAAGACAAGUGCGGCUACCUGGAGGACCGCCGCCCCUCGUCCAACGCCGACCCCUACGUCGUGUCCGAGAGGCUCGUCCGCACCAUCUGCCUCGACGAGAGUUAA